UACAACGAAUACUGGUAGUACUGGUAGAUUUUUCGGUUUCGCCCUUACACGACAAAACUAAGAAGUUGGGCGCCGUGACUUAUUUCAUGGAAAAUUGACGCCUUUCCGUGGAAAUCGAACUGGGUCACAAAAAAAUAUUGACGGGCCACCAUCGGUUGAUAAGCGGAAAAAGUUUUUUGUUUUUGUUUAGUGUUUGUGUCCGAAAAAAACGGUGUAACAAUCGAAAGAAAACCAGUUUCCAAACCGAGUCGAUUUUCCAUGGAACGUUUUGUGUGAAACGAAAAAAGUUUUUUUUUUUUUGGUGUGACACGGAUACAUUGCUUUAACCAGAGAAAAUUGGAUAGAGGUAAAAAAAAAGUGAAUUUCGUGUUUUAAAUAGAAAAGCGUCGUUGUUUGCAAUUGAAAUUGAUCGAAUUAUCGUUCUGUGGAUACUGGGGUGGUCAAUAGUGGGAAUAAAAGUCGGCAUAAGAAAACACGAAAAAUAAUCGAAAGCCUAAGAAUAAGUGUUCGUUUGUGUUUUGUAGUGAAAUAUUUUCUUGUUCUCAGUCUUUAUUGGUAAAAUCCAACAGAUAAACGAAAGUUGUCCUAAGCGUCGACUGUUUUAUGCAUCGAUUUGUGUGUGAUUUGGUUUAGUUAAUCGAAAUAUUUUCUCGUGCAAUUGUCAUGUCGAUGUGAAAUUUUCGUUCUACAUUUUUUCUACCAAUUCGAAAAGAAGGAAUUUUUUUUUUCAUUUUAUCGCUGAGAAAGACACACAUUCACCAAUACAUGCACACACAUACACACUGAGACAACAUACACCAUUUGGAGGAAACAUACCCGUAAAACGGUUUUUCCAACUUUUCAUUAUUCUACCCAUCCAUCCACAUUCUGUGUAUGUUAAAUUCCUCUGUGUGUGACGAUGAUGAGCAUAUAUUUGGUUGGAACGUGAAAAUGUGUUUGAUUAGAGGAAAAAGCAAGUGCUGUUGAAGAUUUAUGUUAAUUGGUCUUUAAUUAGUGGUUUUAUAUCGACGCAGACAGAAAAUAUACCAACGACAACAACAACAAAGAACAGAAAAAAUAAACCGAAAAAGAAGAAAACUUCAACACUCACCGAUUUCCCCAUUUACAGAUUUCAUUUGGAUUAUCCACUCGUGGUUAACCAUCAGAGAGUUGCAAUCGGGAACAAAUCAUGGCGAAUUGUAUUAGACGGGGGACCGAAUCAGUCACCCCAACAAAUAAAACACUGGCCUCGUAAAGGAGUUGUGCACAACAGCAACUCUUCACUGAUGUCCUGUAGCGUAUCUGAGCUGCCAACGGGGUGUCGACUCCGAGGCAUGGGCUCGGGAACGCAAGGUGGUCCAUUGACAACCGCAUUGACUGGACCACCGGAAACUAAUUCAAAUGUGGGACCCCUACAACGACCUACUUCGCAGAAACCGUGCUGUUUUUGUUGGUGCUGCUGUUGUUCAUGUUCGUGGGCUAAAUGUUUGGCAAUAAAAAGUGCAGAAGACAAUGGACCUACUAGAAGAGACCCAGCUACGGAUCUUUUAUGUGAUGGUGAACAACCAACGUUAGACGAAAUUAGAAGUUGGGGUAAAAGCUUUGAUAAAUUAAUGAGAAGUCCAGGUGGUCGUAAAGUAUUUCGUGAUUUUCUUCGUUGCGAAUAUAGCGAAGAGAACAUUUUAUUUUGGUUAGCCUGCGAAGAAUUGAAAAAGGAAACCAAUCCGGAAGCGAUAGAGGAAAAGGCCCGAUUUAUUUAUGAAGACUAUAUAUCGAUUUUGUCACCGAAAGAAGUAUCUUUAGAUUCACGUGUACGAGAAAUAGUUAAUAGAAAUAUGGUGGAACCAACGCCACACACGUUUGACGAAGCUCAACUACAAAUUUAUACAUUAAUGCAUAGAGAUUCGUAUCCGAGGUUCAUCAACUCACCCCUAUUCAAAGCCCUAGCCCAAAUACCUGAAGGAGUAUCAGCAUCAGGAUCACAAUCAGAAAGUCCAACUUAGUCUUUUUAAUCGAUAAGUGAAUUCUAAUUAAUUUUUGAGCCGUUUCGCGUUGAAACAGUUAAUAUAAAACAGAAAAGUUUAGAAAAGAUGAAGAAAACUUUCAAUCAUUCACCCCAUUAUAAGAAUAUAGAAGAUACCAAAAAGAAAAAGAAAAAUUUCUGAUAAAAAAAUGUAACUCAAAAAGUAAAAAAUUAAGCAAACCAAUUUACAAAAUGAUGAUGAUGAUGAUCAUGAUGAUGAUAAUAUUAUACAACCAGCGCUAUUUAUAAAAAGGAAAAAUCAACACACACAAAAACAUAAAAUCUUAAAUUACAAAAAUAUUUAGCAUUUAAACUAGUAAAAAAGGAACAAAAUAACGAAACAAAUAAAUUUCUUAAUUUUUAAAAAGAUAUGAGAUAAAGGAGUAGAAGAAGCAGAAGAAGAAAACGUUAAAAGCAAAUGCAUAAAUAAAAACAAAACCUAAAAAUUUAAGAGAAAAACAAAAAAGAAAGAAAAAAUGACUUUUUUAUAUAAAUUAUAUAAAAAUGGAUGUUCAACGUAUUGUUCAACUUUACAUUCAAACACAAAGAUUAAAGUUAAAUUCAAAACUAAAUGUAAAUUUAAAAAGUGAAUCCAAUCGGAGAGAAAAACCAAAUUUAGUUGGAUUAUAAACAAACAAAAACAAAAUGCAAAAAACAUUUUUUUAGAACAUUUAGAGCAAUUAAUUUUUAAAAAUUAAAAAAUUUUUAAAUAAUAUUUAAUGAAUCAACAAAACAAAAAUGAAAACAAAACAAACAAGCAGGAGAAGAAGAUGAUAAAAAUGAUUUAACGAUUAUAACAUUAAACAUUAGUGAACCCUUAAAUUAA